CACUUAAAGCGCGCGGCAGCUGCAGCGCAUGCGCAGUUCUUCUGGAAAAAUGGCGGCCAGGCUCCUCUUGAGAUCGGCGACCCGUGCUUCUGCUGCUGUUUACAGCCGUCAGCCUCUGCCAGCUCAAGCUGUAGUGAGGAGACUGGCGUCCGGAGGCAUUCCUACAGACGAGGAGCAGGCCACCGGUCUGGAGAAGGUUGUGAUGGAGGCCUCCAAGAAAGGAACCGAUCCAUAUAGCAUCUUGAAACCCAAGGAGUAUGCAGGCUCCAAACAAGACCCUCAUAUCGUCCCCUCCAUAACCAACAAGAGGAUCGUCGGCUGUGUUUGUGAAGAGGACAAUACUGCGGUGGUUUGGUUUUGGUUGCAUCAGGGUGAGGCCCAGCGCUGCCCAUCCUGUGGUGCUUACUACAAGCUUGUUCCACACGAGUUACCCCACUGAAACAAACACUCCCAUACUGACUCAGUCACCACUGAUAGUCAGACUUAGGCACAUCUGUUCCGAUGAAUAGAGUUGCACUUUAUAGGGGCCUGGUUAGUUCUUUCUCAUUGGUUGCUUUACAUAAGCAUUGGCGGUACUUUCCUCAUUGUGAAUUAGUUAAUUUUUUUGGACGAAUAGUUAGCAUGCGUUAUUUUUUUGCUGUGCAAUAUCAGCUGCUUACACAUUCCAAACUUUCCUUAGAAAUGCAAAGCAUUCCUUGCCCUGUUACAAAAAGAGCUGUUGCUUAAAAUGUAAAAGCAUUACACAUUCUUGCAAAAGAGAUAAUGUCUACAGAUUCUGUCUUUGUUUUUUUUCCAAGGUUUAGACAAAGAUGGUACGUUCCCAAUUCUGCGGGACUCUAAAUAUAUUUCCUUUUGAAUGUUUUGAGAUUGGAUGCUUUCCUUGUUGAACAAUACUUUAAAAUAAAUGUGGCGUUUCAACACA